GCUCUUUGCCGAGCCACGAAACUGGUGUUGGCGCACCGGUUACCCUCACUUGAGUUAUUUGAUACCAAAGGCUCUUUGCCGAGUCACAAAACUGGUGUUGGCACACCAGUUACCUCACUUGAGUUAUCUGAUGCCAAAGGCUCUUUGCCGACCCAACAUCGGACCCACUGGGCACGGGUGACCUCCUCGGAUCUAAAACCAGACCUCAAAAAAGCAAGAGAGUGGGAGGAGAAACGCUCGCGUGAUAAAACUUACAUCCACCAGCCAAUUUUCGGAAAUAGAAAUGUAGUUGGUUUUGAUAGCAAUAUCAACAGCGGAACUUUCACUGAAUUAUCAAAAAGAGAGUCCAAUGAUGCCUAUUUCUAUCCGUCAAUCAAAGCGGAAAAAAUUAUUAAUAAAAAAUUAAAUGUCUCAGUUAAAAAAGUUAAAGCCACCAGCGGGAACAUAGAUUACGAUAUUGAUUAUCCAUUUAUCAGCGAUAAUAGAGCCAUUAAUUUAGCAGAGAGUUCGGAUUUUUCGAAAGAUAAUUCUUCAAUAUCAAGUUCCAUACGAGGUUCUGUUUCCUUCGAUAACCCCUUUAAUAACAGUAUAAUAUUCGAUGACAAUUUCAUGCUUAUCCAACCAAAGCAGAAAAGAAAUUUAUCUUUACCAAAGAAGGCUGAUGAUGACAAAGAUCUUAAGUUAACUGAUAGUAGUUCAAAACAGCGUAAAAAGUCAUCUGAAAAAGUAUAA